CGAUACUACACUGGAUGAAGCGCUCUAGGAGCUUGAUUUCUUUUGCAUUAAUCGGCUCUUCUCGUUCUUUCCCUGGUCUGCAAUUGGUUUCGAGCCGCAACUCCUCUCCCGCGCUUUGCAGUCCCGCGCAAUCGUCAUCGAAAGCGCGUCUUCGGGCGCUUCACUGCUGUCGUGCCGACGAACUCAAUUACUUUUGGACUUCCUCGUACGGCUUCACCAAGCAGGACAGAGCCCCCGGCGACCUUGUUAGCCCGACGCCACGUCCACUACCACUUCGCCCAUCCUUGAAGCCUGCAGCGCCCCUCCAAUUGCAAAACCCCAGUGGUAAAGGUCCUCCCCUCUCGUUACCUGCGCACGUAUACACUCUUCUCUCCUUCCACGCUCGACCGUACACCCUCCUCGCUUCUUCUCCCACCCUCACUCCAGCGAUAGCCAUAAUGGCGCGAAACCUUACCGAGGCUUUGUCGGAUUCGUCGCUAUCACCUCCUCCUGACGACCUCAUGGCGCCCGCAGUAGCAGCUGAGACCAAGACCGAUCUUUCCGUCAAGAUCGUCGCCAAUGGAAAGAAACGCAAGGCCGAGACCACAGUCAAGGCCACUAAGCGAGCACGGAAGGCCACUGUCGAGGAGCAUGCCAAUGGCAAUUCCGAUGCCGAAGCUGGCGCUGAGGAGGGUAAGCGCCCCAAGCGACCCCGCAAAAAGAUGAAGGUCGAGGAGGACUCCGUCGAGGAAGAGGUCAAGAUUGCCGAAGGUGAGGACGGGGCGGAGGCCAAAGUCAAGCAGAAGCGGCAGCGAAAGAAGAAAGUGGAGGAUAUACCGCCGCUGGAGGAACGCACGGCUGACAGCAAGCUGCGUGUUGGUGCACAUGUUAGCAUCGCUGGAGGCGUGCACAACUCGAUCGCCAAUUUCUUGCAUAUUGGCGCAAACGCUUUCGCACUCUUCCUGAAGAAUCAACGCAAGUGGGACAAUCCAGUCCUCGACCCUGACCAUGCGACGCUCUUCAUUGACGGAUGUCAAAAGCAUGGCAUCCACCCUGGCGAAUGCUGUGUUCCGCACGGGUCAUACUUGGUCAAUCUUGCUCAUCCGGACGAGGAUAGGAAGAAACAAGCAUACGACUCCUUCUACGACGACCUGACGCGCUGCCACAAGCUCGGCAUCAAGCUAUACAACUUCCACCCGGGCAAUGCGAACGCCACCACCCGUGAAGGCGGUAUCAAGCUCAUCGCUGAAGCCAUCAACAAGGCCCACAAGGAUCCGGAGACCGGCGAGGUCAUCACUCUGCUAGAGACUAUGGCCUCGCUCGGCAACACCAUCGGCGGCACCUUCAAGGACAUUGCCGACAUCAUCGAGCUCGUCGAGAACAAGGACCGCGUCGGCGUAUGCCUAGACACUUGCCACAUCUUCGCAGCAGGCUACGACCUGCGAACUCCUAAGGCCUACGCUGAGACAAUGAAAAAGUUCGACGAAAUCAUCGGCCUAGAGUACCUCAAAGCCUUCCACAUCAACGACAGCAAAGCCCCCCUCGCCUCCUACCGCGACCUCCACGCCCGUAUCGGCACCGGCUACCUCGGGCUGCGCGCCUUCCACAACAUCGUCAACGACGAGCGCCUGCACGGGCUGCCCAUGGUGCUCGAGACGCCGAUUGAUGUCACUGACGAGAACGGCAAGAAGGUCGAGGACAAGUCAAUAUGGGCGCGCGAGAUCAAGAUGCUAGAGAAGCUUGUUGGUAUGGACGUGAAGAGCCAGGAGUUCAAGAAAUGGGAGACGGACCUGGCCGCGGAGGGCGCGAGCGAGCGCAAACGUAUUGGUGAUCAGGUCAAGCGGAAGGCGGAGAAGGACUCUACGCCCAAGAAGAAGCGGGGCAAGAAGAUGAAGGUUGAGAGUGAGGAUGAGGCCGAGGAGGACGCCGAGGAGUAGUGGCGGGUCGGGUGGACGACAAAAUGGGCGGAUGUACGAAUAGCUGAGCUUAUCUGGACGGAUAUCGAGACGGUCGUGCGUUCGGGGCAGGCAUUGGCAGCCGACUAAGAAGCGCUCUUUCUCGGCUCCAGCGCGCUCGCGGAUACAUCGAUUGCCCUGUUUUCCAUGGGCCAUCUGGCGUGGCUUUUUCAUCUACAAGCGAGAAUAUGGUUCAGGCGGUAUUUAUCCAUUCAGGUUUUGGGCAUGCAUAUCAUUAUGGGAUAUAGCAUCGGCAUCAGCAUCGACAUCAGCGUGGUACCAAAUCCCUCUAGCUGCAUAGCUAGUAAGAAUUUCUGCGACUGAAACUGAUUCAGG